GAAACACAGGUCCGAGCAUCGGAGAAAACGGGAGGGUCAACGCCAGUGCAGAGGAUCUUAGAUGCGCUUCCGCUGGUCUCGAAAUGAAGAAGUUCUUCGGGGAAGUCGAUUCCAUCCCAUAAACCUAUUAUCGCACGCUAAGCGAAACCUUGUAAAACAAUGGAGGACGAUGGAAUUACUCGCGGUCACAUGAGGCGCGACGUGAAUGGCGUUAAUCGCAAGAUAAAAGGAGGAGGGUACUUGCGCCCCCCCAUCUGCACCUCACUCUGCAACCUACCACUUGUUAACCCUUCCCUCGUACGAGAGAACUUGCGCUCACCAAUUCUCCUCAACUAAGCUUCUGCCACCAUCCACCACACUUCUCCAAAUUCAUUGAGCGACAAUGGCUCUCACUCAAUCCACUCCGUCGCCCACCCGCCUUGAUGCCUAUAUGGCUAAGUGUAUCAAUGCUCCCACCUGGGAGCCCUUUGAUGCAAGCUCUGUCGGCGACACCGCGGUGUCUGAAGAUCGUUUGGUCUCGGACGAACGCCACACGCCCUACAACGGGGCGUAUAUUGUUAGGGAGACUUCGAGAUGGGCAUUCGCCCAGAACCCCAUCCGACACUCUGCAACAAACGAGGUGUUCUGCUGGCCACCACCUUCCUCAUCUUCUCCUCCCUUCCGUUUCAACCCCUUCGGAGAUAGCAAGGGACCAACGGCUGCGCAUAUCGAUUUCGUGCCUGCUCCUGUUCCUCAAAGCCUUCAUGUACCUGGACAGGCUUCGCUGGCCUUGUAUAGCCCCGAUGAUACCAUCUACAUCCCCACUCACCGUCAACGCGAGUGGGUGGCAAUCGAGUCGGCCGAUGUGGAUGAACCGGUUGCAUACCCAAGUCCGAUCACAUCUCCACAAAUCAUACACCGAGAGCCAUCAACAUGCAGGCAGACACCGGCAUGCCGUCUCGCUCACGAUGCAACAUUUGUGGGGUCGCAGCCGAAUGGAGCAACGCCACCGUCACUCUACGAGGACGUGGACGACUUGGACGACUUCGUUCUAUGCGCGCUCCGCCUCCCGUGGUUCGACUACAACCUCAUCGACGUCGACGAGACCACUCCGCCGUCCACCCCAUCCUCCACUCCACCUCUUUCACCUUCGACACUCAGGGAUGACGACGAAGACUUACCUGUAUUGGAAAAGGAGGAGGAGAUGAGGGGAUGGGAGGAGGCAUCCCCUCUUGCCCGGCGUGAUGCUAUAUACCAGGCCGCCUUUUAGUUUUUUUAAUUUAUAUUUUUUUUUGUAGAACGUUUGCGCGAAGGACAUCGUACUCACGUAGUCUCAGAUUGCUUUUUCUCGAUUCGCCCCAUCUUUUUGUACUAUAUAGUUCCUUGAAUGGCAAAUGCCUUUGUAUCUGUUCUUCGGAAAGUCCAAAGUGGGUCGUAGUUGUAGUUUACCCUUAUGAAAAUGCCUCUUCUUGUACUUUGGUCGUACUACGCGACGCGUGGAACUAAAUGAAUGGCUUGCGAAAACAAUGAGGCCGCUGACGUUUUUUCUGCAGAACUUGCCUCACCUUAUGCCUACUGUUUUUGGCGACGAGA